ACUUUAUUGCAAUUUUCAUAAUCUUCCCUUUUUCUUUAUCAUUGAUGGAUUAUUAUUUAGAGUGGAGUAGAUGUAACUAAUUGAAAAAUAAAAAGGGAAGAAAAGUGUAUAAGUUAUUAUGAAGAUUGAAACGUUUGUAUUCUUUGAUCUGGAAACGACUAAUCUUAUUCAAGCAAAUUUCAUGCCAAGAAUCACAGAAGUUGCUUUAGUUGCCGUCUCGCGAGAAUCAAUAUGUAGCUGCAACAAAAAUUCACUACCAAGAGUCUUGCAUAAACUGGUUCUCCCAGUUAAUCCACAAAGAAUCAUACCACCACAUGUGGAGGACAUGACAAAAUUAUAUCAUCAUGAGAUGCAACUAUUGCAACCUUACGAAAAAGGAAGCUACGAGUUGAUAACAUAUUUUUUGCAACGUCUUACACCACCAAUUUGUUUCGCAGCGCACAACGGUGACAGGUUCGAUUAUCUGGUAUUCCUAGAAGAACUCAAUCGUAUCAAUAAAAUACUUGAUAACGAAAUUCUCUGCAUCGAUACAUGGAAAAUGUUCCAAGAUUUCUCUAAGAAAAGAAAGUUGGAAUCAAAGGAAGUCCAAGAAUUAUUGAACGAUGAAUACAACGACUCAUUCUCUAUAUUGAAUAUGGAUGUAGAUGAGGAUAUAGAUAUAGUAACGGUGAAAGAACCUACAAUUGAUGUCACGACGACAUCCACUGAGCAAUCGAUAUUUCCUUGUGAUAAAUAUACCAAAAUUAUAAACAGUAAAAUACAGGAACAUAGUGAUUAUGUUGCUCAAUCUUGGAAAAAUUUUUUACAAAAAUCAAAUGAAAAAACUCCUAAAAAUCAAAUAAUAAAGUUGGAAAAUGUCCCGCAGCGGCCUUUCAAGAAAAACAUUCCAAAAAGGUUAAAUUUUAAAAGUGAGAAGCCGAAUGGUUUGAAACAGUGUGACAUUUAUGAGUACAUGUUUGACAUGAAAAUUGCGGGUAAUCAUUCAGCCGAAGCAGACUGUAUCGUUAUGAUACGCUGCGUCAUCAAAAUUGAUAGUUUCUUCCUUAAUUGGUCAGACAAUCACGCAACUCCAUUGAGACGCUGAAAAAAAACGUAAUAAAGUGUUUUAAUUAAUCGCAAAUAAUAAAAAUGACAUGAAAACAUUAACAAAAAGAAUACAAACAAUUGUCAUGGAUUUAAGGUUACUAAAGUCGUGAGUUUUACUGACAGAAUACGAUUUUUUCCACCAUACUAUUUUUUUCUGAUUGCCCUUACAAAUUAAGGCUAGUAAAUUCAUAGUCGAUUCUUAUAUUUAAGAUCGUCUCAAGUA